AUGUCUGCUCACGAGCAAAUGAGGGCAAUGUUGGAUCAAUUAAUGGGAACAUCACGCAAUGGGGAAACUGACAAACAUGGUGUGAAGUUCUAUGAUGAUUCUGUAUGCAAAUCCUUUUUACUCCAGUGCUGCCCUCACGAAAUUUUAUCAUCAACGCGCAUGGACUUAGGUGAGUGUCCAAAAAUACAUGACUUGGCUCUUCGCGCCGACUAUGAGCUUGCCUCCAAAACCAAAGACUACUACUACGAUAUUGAUGCCACAGAACAUUUAGAGGCUUUCAUACAAGACUGUGACCGUCGUACGACGGCAGCGAAACAACGUUUAGCUGAAACACAAGAGGAGUUGUCAGCAGAGGUGACUGAAAAGGCCAAUUCUGUUCACGAAUUGGCCGAGCAGAUUGGUCAGAAGUUGGCCAGGGCUGAAGCUCUCGGAGAGGAGGGAAUGGUUGAAGAAAGUGUCAAAUUAAUGGGAGAGAUCGACGAGUUACGUAAACGCAAGGCAGUAGCCGAGCAAGAGUACCGCAAUUCGAUGCCCGCGUCGUCCUACCAACAGCAGAAGUUGCGUGUGUGCGAAGUGUGCUCCGCGUAUCUCGGUAUCCAUGACAACGACCGACGACUCGCCGACCAUUUUGGUGGCAAGUUGCAUCUGGGAUUUAUUACCAUUCGGGAGAAGCUUGCAGAGUUAAAGAAAACGGUGGAAAAGCGUCGCGAAGAUCGUGGAGCGGAGCGUGAGCGUAGUAGCGGAGGGCGAAGACAUUACGUCGGAGGGAGGGAGUUAGAUCGACGUGCGCGCAGACACAGGGAGGUGCCACGGGAGAGGAAGGAUGAGCGUGAACGCACUGAACGUGACCGCGGAGAACGUGAGCGUGAUCGUGGGCGUGACCGCGAAAGAGAGCGAGAAAAGAAACGCUCCAGAUCUCGCAGUAAGAACAGACGCGAAUCGCGUGAGAAGUCUCGCGGUCGGGAUCGAGACGCGCGUCGCAGUCGCUCGAAUCGCUCUAAUUCACGCGAAAGGCGGAGGGAAUAA